AUGUGGUCAUUAGCUCAGGCCACUAUGGCCGCCCACGUCUUCUACAAUGUGUUUACCAUACAAGCGACCAUCCCGUUCGACUUCUCAAAACCCAAUGCGGCAAUGCCAUUCUCAGACUACAUAUCCACCAGUGUCAAGAUCCAGAGCGACAGCGGUGCUAUAUCCGGGUCAUACACGCCAAUUAUAGAUACAGGAAGCUGUGGCUUCGUAAUCUCCGCAGCCGAUCUCUCUGACUGGACCCAGGAUGACGCGUCCGGACAUCCCGAGGGCUGGGAAUUCCUUUCUAGCAGCAAGAUUCUGUAUACCGGGCAUUGGAUCCCCAAAGACAUCUACUUUACAAACGCCAAAGUUGAGGUCAAGGCCCGGAUACCAAUUCUUGCCGUCGAAACGAAAACACAUUGCCCCACCUACAACAGAACCGCCGACAAUGGUCUGUGUCCUACGCCCGCGAGUGCGAUACCAAUGCCGACUGGAAUCAGGCUCAUGGGCGUCGGAUUCGGAAGGGAACAUGACGGCAUGCCCCAGGGUACGCCUGACAAGAACGCAUUCAUCAAUAUCCAAACCAUCAAUGGUGUGAAUGUAACUGGCAACCCCAACUUUAGGAGCGGCUUCAUCCUCUCUAAAGAUGGCGUCACCGUCGGCUUGACGGCCGAGAACACAGCCGGCAUGGACUUCACCAAGCUUGCUAUGCGAGAAGAGCCUGCCGACGCAAGAGAUUGGGCGCAGGUGGAAGGGUGCAUGUCUGUUGACGGAUCCAAGUCUUUUACGGGCCCGGCACUCAUCGACACGGGCAUUUCUCAAAUGUACAUGACUCUUCCUUUGGGGACCAAAGUGAAUCGCACCAGUCCCCCGGUGCUAGAUGAUGGGUCUGUUGUCGAGAUAAAGAUUGGGCCGUCUGCAGAUGGCAAAUAUAUCUCGAGCGAGAAUUUCACCGUCGGCGAUACAAACGGCAUGGAUCAAGGCGUGGUCCCGUCAAGCGUGAGGUUAACGCUAGCAGACCCUGCAAAGAAUGCACCCCACUUCAAUACAGGUAGACACUUUCUGCGCAAAUGGAAUAUUGCGUUUGAUAGUGAUGGAGGCUAUUUCGGCCUUGCCAGGACAGGCUGA